AAAAGAUGCUCUUGAGGAGACUCACUCCCUGAACAUGACCCAGGCAGUCAAGCUGGCCUCCAGAGUGUUCCACCGAGUCCACCUGCCUCCACAGCUGGAUGCCUCGCUGGGCUCCAGAGGCGCCGACUCGGUAGUCCGGAGUUUGCCUGACAUCCCCGGGCCCUCUGUGCCUACAUUCCUCUAUGACCUGUUCUGCAAAGGGGGUCUGUCCAGGCUACAUGAGCUGCAGGUGCAGGGCGCUGCGCGCUACGGGCCAAUAUGGUCCGGCAGCUUCGGGACACUUCGCACAGUAUAUGUGGCCGCCCCUGCCCUUGUGGAGCAGCUCCUGCGACAAGAGAGCCCUUGUCCAGAGCGCUGCAGCUUUUCAUCUUGGGCAGAGCACCGUCGCCGCCACCAGCGGGCUUGCGGAUUGCUAACAGCGGAUGGUGAAGAAUGGCAGAGGCUCCGAAGUCUCCUGGCCCCACUACUCCUCCGGCCUCAAGCAGCCGCUGGCUAUGCUAGAACUCUGGACACCGUAGUGUGUGACCUUGUGCAACGACUAAGGCGCCAGCGGGGGCGUGGCUCUGGGCUACCCGACCUAGUUCUGGACGUGGCGGGAGAGUUUUACAAAUUUGGCCUAGAAGGAAUAGGCGCGGUGCUGCUGGGUUCACGCCUGGGCUGCCUGCAGGCUGAAGUCCCUCCUGACACACAGACCUUCAUCCGUGCAGUGGGAUCGGUGUUUGUGUCCACACUCCUGACCAUGGCAAUGCCCAGCUGGCUGCACCGCCUUAUACCCGGACCCUGGGCCCGCCUCUGCCGAGACUGGGACCAGAUGUUUGCCUUUGCCCAGAAGCGCGUGGAGCAGCAAGGAGGCGAAGCAGCCAUGAGGAAGCAGGGAAAGCCUGAGGAGGGUGUGCCCGUGGGGCAUCACUUAACCCACUUCCUUUUUCGGGAAAAGCUGUCUGUUCAGUCCAUUGUAGGGAAUGUGACAGAGCUGCUGCUGGCCGGAGUGGACACGGUAUCCAAUACUCUCUCCUGGACGCUCUAUGAGCUCUCCCAGCACCCAGAAGUCCAGUGUGCUCUCCACUCUGAGAUCACAGCUGCUGCGGCCCCCGGCUCCCACCCGCAGGCCACUGCUCUGUCUCAGCUCCCCCUGCUGAAGGCCGUAAUCAAGGAAGUGUUACGACUGUACCCUGUGGUGCCUGGGAAUUCCCGUGUCCCAGACAGAGACAUCCGUGUAGGGGACUAUAUUAUCCCCCCAAAUACACUGGUCUCCCUAUGUCACUAUGCCACUUCAAGGGACCCUGCCCAGUUUCCAGAGCCAAACUCUUUUAACCCAGCUCGAUGGCUGGGAGAGGGCCCUGCCCCCCAUCCAUUUGCAUCCCUUCCUUUUGGCUUUGGCAAACGCAGUUGCAUAGGGAGACGCCUGGCAGAGCUUGAACUACAAAUGGCUUUGGCCCAGAUCUUGACCCAUUUUGAGGUGCUGCCUGAGCCAGGUGCUCUCCCAAUCAAACCCAUGACUCGGACUGUCCUGGUACCUGAGAGAAGCAUCAAUCUACAGUUUGUAGAAAGAUAGUCCUGUGGAAGGGAGCUGUUGUCAUCUGCCUUUGCCUUCCCUCUCCAGACAGGACUUUUUUUUCUCUCUGUGUAGCCCUGGCUGUCCUCCAACUCACAGAGACCUGACUGCCUCUGCCUCCCAAGUGCUAGGAUCAAAGGUGUGCACCACUGUGCCUGGCUAGGACACUUUUUAUUAAGCUCAAGAGGCAUGCUUUCCCUCAUCUGUCUGCUCAGACUUCAGAGAGCAGAGCUGACCUAUGUGCAAAGUCUGUGCUCACCUGAGUCAGCAGGUCCUCACAGAACUGAGUCUUUCCCCUGCUCAGUACUUCUGGUCAUUCCUCAAAGUUCAAAGCCCUCGGAUUUUAACAGAGCCUUAAAGUGCCAACUCAGGUGUUACCCUGGGCGGCCUGGGGAGGGGUCCAACCGCUGUUCUUCAGUGUCCGUUGACUCGCUGUCUAAGCGUUUAUCAUGGCACGAGCUAAGUGACUAUGCAUCUGCCCUGCACCUGCUUGGGCUCUUUCUACACAUGUGAGCUCCUGGAGAAGAGUGAGGAUACUCAUGGCCUACUGGAUUUUUUGUGUUUUUAAAGACAGAGUCUUACUGUGUAGUUCAUGCUGUCCUUGAGCUCACAAUCCCGACUGUGGGAGCUACAGACAUGAGCUACCGCUUCUGGCUCCAUCAGUCUAUAGCUCCUGUCAGGGUCUACCCUGGCUGUAUACCACACACUGCCAGGCGGACCUGGGCGCACGUGGCAGAGGGGUGAGCGCUCACUAGAUUCCCCAGCCCUCUUCUCUUUCCCUUGCUCCUAGUGCAGUGGACCCGCCCUUGCCUAGCUUUCAGCAUGUUUAACACCCCUCGGCUCGUCAACCUCUUCAACCACUCUAAAGUGGAUCCGCUCCAAGUCUCCCCACCUUUCGGCUUGACCCAUCCUCCCAGCCUGUCUUCCUUUCAU